UUUGUUCCAACAUUGCCAUGCAAACGGACAUGCCAGGGGCCAGAACCCCCCCACGGAAUGCAAAGAGCCGGCUAUGUAGGAAUGUAGUCAUACACGGUUAUUGUAAAUACGAGAACAGGGGUUGCGAGUACAACCAUGACGCUGGUGUUCAGAGCAAGCCGCCUUCGGGAUCGCAGUCCAACUCAAGUCCUGUCGCAGAAACUAAAACUAAGCUGCGUGUCGAUUCCCCCGUGUUCACUCCGACAAAAUCGCUUGCUGGGGAUAUCCUCGCAUCCUUUCCACCUAAAGCAAGUGAACCAACAGUUGCCCAGCAACUACCUGCAGCCCAACGUGCGACGUACGAACAGUAUGGCGCCGGGGACAGCGAAGUGCAGCCGUUUGAGCUGUCACCAUACAAUCGCUCUGGGUCUGUAUCAACGAGCACAGUCCACGAUCCUGCCUCACCAUUUGUGGUGCCCCCUCCACAAGUCGGAAUCUCAGACUUAUCUACUUUGGGCCAUUCCAUGAAUCGAAUGAGUCUCAGUGGACAGCAAACACUCACGGAGCGACCGAGCUCACAGUCGCAUGCAUCCUAUUACCAGCAAAAUGCACAGGUAGAUCCAUACUUCGUGCAGCAACAGCAACAGCAGAUGACGGUGUUGGCACCUCAGCAACCGCUUCAGUACCAUCUCUACAGCUCCGCCCUUCCCCAUAUCUCUAAUCUUCAUCCACAUCAGAAAACCAUUCACGCCUUCUUUAUGUCCGACCGCCUAAGAGAAGAACUACAACGGAAAAGCGAAGCUGUGCAACAAGUUUUGGAUCCGACCUCGCCUGAUUACCAACAGUUACCGGUAGAAAUACAUCAUUAUCACACCUUCUAUCCAUUAGACUUGCAUCGCGAUAGAAGCACCAAGGUUUUUGGGUAUCCUACAUGGGUUUACAAAGCCUUUUCUUCCAUCGAUGGGAAGCCUUACGUAUUGCGAAGGGUCGAAGGCUUUCGAUUAUCAAAUGAAGGUGCGAUGUCGAGUAUAGAGGGAUGGCGGCGAAUAAGGCAUGCAAACAUCGUGUCAAUCCGGGAAGCAUUCACCACUAAGGCUUUUGGUGAUCAUUCAUUAGUUUUCGUGUAUGAUUAUCAUCCUCUUUCGACAACUAUUUAUGCAAAGUAUUUCUCACACCCAUCACAUUCGAACACCGGUGUCCCGGAGAAGAACCUAUGGAGCUUCAUAACGCAGCUAGCCUCAGCAUUGAAAACUAUUCAUUCGGCUGGAUUGGCAGCGAGAACUAUUGAACCGAGCAAAAUACUAAUGACAGGAAAGAAUAGGAUACGAUUAAACUGUUGCGGAAUCUUUGAUAUGCUCACGUAUGAUGCUGGCAAAAAUAUCCCAAGUCAUCAGCAGCAAGAGGACUUGCUUCACUUUGGGCAACUGAUCGUUGCCCUUGCAUGUGGCUCUCUCGCAGCCGUUCACAACCUUCCCAAAUCAAUAGAGUACAUUGUUCGCCACUAUUCUGUGGACAUGAAGAAUGUCAUCCUAUAUCUUCUGAGCAAGCCGAGUAGCUACAAGAGCAUAGACGAUGUGGUCACCAUGAUUGGACCCCGAAUUCUGCACGAAAUUAACAGUGCUCAUCACUACAAUGACCUUUUGGAAGGUGAUCUUUGCCGGGAAUUGGAGAAUGGUCGCCUGGUGCGUCUACUAUGCAAACUAGGCUUUAUCAAUGAGCGACCAGAAUUCAACAUGGAUCCGACAUGGACGGAGACCGGUGAUCGAUACCUGCUAAAGCUAUUUCGCGACUAUGUCUUUCACCAGGUAGAUGAAAAUGGAAGUCCUAUUGUCGAUAUGGCACAUGUUAUCCAGUGUCUAAAUAAGCUGGAUGCUGGUAUCGAUGAGAAGCUAAUGCUGACCAGUCGCGAUGAACAGUCCUGUUUGAUUGUCACAUACAAGGAACUGAGGCAUUGCAUAGAGAAUACAUUCCAGGAGCUACUUAAGCAACAGUGAUCUGGAUGAUUGACUAUGUGACAGCAUAAUAAUGGCUCAUUAAUACACUGCAAACUUGAUUUAUCAAA